UCCCAGCUCCCCGGGGCCUGACUUCCGGUUUGCAGAGUUGGCUCCGGCGCUGAGCCGGCGGCCAACGGAAGCACUGUUUGCCCAGCGGCGUGCAGCUGGCGCUUUCUGCGGGCGCUGCUCGCACAGUGAUUCGCUAACGCAGCGCGCGUCGCCGGCGCCGGCGGGCCUGGGUCUUGCUCUGUCUUUUGCGCGCGCGUGUUGCUGGGUAACUGGUCCUCUCUGGCGGCUGCUCGGCCCCUCCUGUUUCUGCUUUGCUCCUCCUUCCAGAACCUUCUGGGCUCCGGCUGACUGGGCCGCGCCGGUGUCGGCGCCGCCGAGGCAAAGGAAAUGGGAAUUCCUCCGCGGCGUCCCCGGAGCGGCGACCUUCGCUGGGGGAGCGGCUGCGUUUUCGAGGAAACCGGAAGCCCGUGGUGACCCCUGGCGACCCGGGUUGUUUUCGGUCGGUUUCCGAAGACAGGGGAAUCGAAACUCGGCGGCCCUGGGGGCGGCCCGGCGCAGCCAGCUCUCGGGCUGUCAUGGAUGUACUAGUAGAAGAUGAUAUCUGCAUCCUGAACCAUGAAAAAGCCUACAGGAGAGAUCUUCCAGGCUCACUAUAUUCAGGAGAUGAGUCUGUUGCUUCACAUUUUGCUCUUGUCACUGCAUAUGAAGACAUCAAAAAACGACUUAAGGAUUCAGAGAAAGAGAACUCUUUAUUAAAGAAAAGAAUAANAAUUUUAUACCAUUAGCUUACAGGAGCUCGAUCCGAUGAAGAAACAAGUCCUGUAGGAAGAGAGCAAGUCAAUAAGGCCUAUCAUGCAUAUAGGGAGGUUUGCAUUGAUAGAGAUAAUUUGAAGAGUAAGUUGGACAAGAUGAAUAAAGACAACUCUGAAUCUUUGAAAGUAUUGAAUGAACAGCUACAAUCUAAAGAAGUAGAACUCCUCCAGCUAAGGACAGAGGUGGAAACUCAGCAGGUGAUAAGAAGUUUAAAUCCGCCUUCAUCAAAUUGGGAAGUGGAAAAAUUAAGCGGUGAUCUGAAGAUCCAUGGUUUGGAACAAGAACUGGAACUGAUGAAGAAAGAAUGUAGUAAUCUCAGAAUAGAGCUCCAAAAAGCCAAACAAAUGGAUCCAUCUCAGGAGGACAGUCUGAGGAGCAGAGAUCUCCAAAAAUUAAGCAUUUCAAGUGAUAAUAUGCAUAAUGCAUACUGGGAACUGAAGAAAGAAAUAUCUAAUUUACAUCUGGUGACUCAAGUGCAAGCUGAACUACUAAGAAAAUUGAAAAACCCAACUGCAAUCAAGAAAGCCUCUGCCCCAGGAUGCAUGGAAGACUUUGGGAAAGACAGCACAAAGUUGCACCUGACAAAUUUUACUGCAACAUACAGAAAACAAUCUCCUCUCUCACCAAAUGGCAAAAUGCUAUGUCAUGCCACAUCUCCCCAUUUACCAGGAGAUAUAAGGGUCUUAUCAGAGAAGGCAGUUCUCCAAUCAUGGACAGAUAAUGACGGGUCUGUUACUCACGAGGGUACAAACUUUGAGGAACACAACUCUUUUGGCAGAAAUUCUCUGGAAGAUAAUUCAUGGGUAUUCCCAAGUCCUCCUAAAUCAAGUGAGACAGCAUUUGGGGAAACUAAAAAUAAAACUUUGCCUUUACCCAACCUGCCACCACUGCAUUACUUGGAUCAACAUAAUCAAAACUGUCUUUUUAAGAAUUGAAUGUGGAGAUUCAUGAUUUGGUCAUGAGGAUACUGUGACUCCUUCAGUGGUUAUGUCAAGAAAUUAUUUAACAAAGUGGGUUUCUUUGGUAUAUACAUUUGCAUAUACUGUAAUAUAUAUUAUGUAGUUGAUUUUCCAGCAAGAAGAGUAUCGUCCAGCUCCAUGUUGUGGCUAAUAAUCAGACAUAUGCUGCUAAAAAGUGAAUAAAAUUAAGGUAUUUGAAAAAGACUAUUCUACCUUUGAUAACAAUUAUAAAUUUUACCUCUCACAUAAAGAUUGGAGUUGAAAGUUAUUAUAUAUGAUCUUGCAAAGUAUUUGGUAUGUCUAAACUCAUAACGUUAUUACUGUCAAAAACUUAAACAAGUUGCAUAAAAGAGCAAGUGGAAAUGUGAAAUAGGUUAUAUGUCUAUUGACUUUCUAAUGCAUAAAGGUAUGAAAAUAUAGUAGAAUAAUAGUAUAUAGGUUGUUCUUUUCUAUAUGCUAUUGUGUUUCAAAGUUUACGGUUUAAAAUAACUUAAUAAUCACAAUGCAGUUGAUUAACAACAUUUAGUUGCUAAUUUAGGUCAAGACUUGAAAUAACUUAAUUGUAUCAGCUCUUCAUCCAGUACCUCCUUCACUAGUACUAAUUGGAAAAAAAAAAAAAAAGACAGUUGAAAAACUAUGUGUGAAUAAACUACUAUAGUCCUCUGUCAUCCAGUGAGAAGUAGAAAGAACAGAAACAAAGGUUUUGGUCUGAUCUGUUCCUUCAGUGGUCCUUACAGAAAAUUUAGUGUGUGUAACUGUAUAGUCAUUUUUUUCAGUGUGUAGCUGCUUGUUAUAUAGAACAGCUUAUAAUGUUAGCCAUGCAACAUUUUUACUCAUUGAGAAUUUGAGUUUUUUAAUUAACUUAAUUUGGAAUUUAUUUCUUGAAAGUAAAUUCUAUGCUGUGUUGAUAAUUUUUAGUACAAUCACGAAAUGUCCCCAACUCUUAAUUCUAAAUGGCCUAUCACAAGGAAAUAAUAAGGAAUGCUUCAAAUGGAAAUAUAUCCAUAUUUUUUUUAAGGAUGGAACAUUAAGAACACUGUAUUACUUGGUUUUUAUCUUUUGCCUGAAUAAAAUGUUUCAUGUAGGAGGCCUUUAUCCCUUUUGAUAGCCAGUUUCAAAUGUAUUGAACUUAAAAGAACAUCUCAGAUCUCUUCUAUAAAAGCUGAAUAGCAUACAUACAUAAUGUUCACUGUUCACCAGAUAUUUUUGUCUUUCUAUUAUCUUACUCACUUAUUCAAGCUUGUCUGUGAUUAAUGGAAUUGGUGUCAGAUGCUGGAAUUUAUUCUGACCAAUGAACAUAGCUGACUCAAGGGAGUACAAUCUCCUGCCAAAUAAUAGAACAAAUCCCAAUAUGCAUAAAACAAAUAUAAGACUCUAGGCUUUAGCUGAAGGAAGCAACUACCUGUGUAAUAACAAAGCAGCAGAAACUAUUUCUCAUGUGGCUGCCUAGACUGUAUAUUAUACCUAAUCUUUAAUGCAGCUUACUGGUUUGCCUUUUUAAAAACCAGUAUUGGAAUUUCCCUUUGUAAAGAAAGUAAGUUGUAUGGGAUAAUGGCUUGAUUAAUAUUUUUGGACAAUACCAAGAAAUUGUUUAAUUAAAAUAAAUUAUUUUUGUUUGAAACUGAA